GAAUCCUCAAACUCCUGCAAACUCCAGGCUGAGGACCGUUGAGUCUUAAAGGGUCUGGAGCUCUCGGAUACGGGACUGGCUAUAUGGGACGCUACUUGGAUGUCAGUCUUUCACUCUCCUAAGGGAUCAUAUUAAUUAUUUAAAGGUUUUCUAUUUUUACAUUUUUUAAGUUACUUUCCCGUCGCGACGUUCUCAUUAUGUGCAGCUGGCUGCUGCAGUCCGCCCAUCAUCAUACUUGGGAAUCUAGAACGUUCGGGUGUUCUGUUGAUCCCGAAUUUAUUCUUCUUUAGGACACUUUCUAUUUUAUGGAAAGACGGAGGACAAUAUCACAAUUCGUUCCAAAAUGGAUUUAAAUCCAAGCGUAAAAUGUAAAAUAGUUGUCGUUGGGGAUAGUGAAUGUGGGAAAACCGCUCUACUAAAUGUGUUUGCAAAAGAUUCAUUUCCUGAGGGCUACAUUCCCACGGUGUUUGAGAACUACACGGCAAGUUUUGAAAUCGAUACGCAAAGAGUUGAACUCCGCCUGUGGGACACUUCAGGCUCUGCAUACUAUGACAAUGUGCGACCUCUCUCCUACCCGGACUCUGAUGCAGUCCUCAUCUGCUUUGACAUCAGCAGACCAGAGACCCUGGACAGUGUACUGAAGAAGUGGAAAGGAGAGAUUGAGGAAUUCUGUCCCAACACCAAGAUGCUGCUGGUGGGGUGCAAGUCAGACCUACGCACCGACCUUUUUACCAAAUCUCACUCUGGCCAUACCCCAGUGUCCUAUGAUCAGGGCUCUAACAUGGCCAAGCAGAUCAGUGCUCCGUACAUCGAGUGUUCAUCUCUGCAGUCUGAGAACAGCGUCAGGGACCUCUUCCACGUGGCCACGCUGGCCUGCGUCAACAAGGGCAACAAGAACGUCAAACGCAACAAGUCCUCCAGGAGCACCAAGAGGAUCUCGCACAGCAGACCUGACCUGCCCACCGUGGUGUCAGACUUCCAGAAGACUAAAACGAAGACCUGUGCUGUUAUGUGACUGGGAGGAUGUCAUUAGAGAGACUGGGGGACACUGUGAACAUGCUCAUGAGCAUUUGAAUUUUGGACAACCAUGAAGAGCUUUAUGCACUAUUAGUGUGUCAACUGAAUGAGGGAUGGUGUUGAGAUGGUGAAAACAGCUACGUUAUACCCUGCUUUUUUACACUCUAGAGGAAGCAUAAAAACAAGGCGUAAAUGAACACGUCAUGACCUAGAUGUAUCCCAGACAGUCGUCACUAAAGAGCUCUACUUUUAUUCUCAGCUUGAACUUGAAUCCUAUGGUUUAGAACACAAGCAGGGUUGAAGAAUCCAGACUAUUGAAAAGCUUCCGUUUCUGAAGUGUUGCAGGUACCAGUGUUUUUGGGGGUCUGCUGUUUUCAAGGAUCCUGUGUUCUUCCCAGUAAUCAACCGAAAUUGUUGUGAGGAGAGACCAUGAAGGAUAUGAGAGCAGUUAGAUUGUGUAAUGUACAGAGAAGCAAUGAUGACAACCAAGAUGUUGUCUGAGCAGAAUUGAUGCAUGUCACGUGUUGUGUCACCAUUUACAUUUCCUUUUUUCUUAAAAUGUUGCCCUUUUCUGAAUCUGUUUAUUACAAUGUAUUAUUCUAAAAUAAUGUCAAAAUAGUUCAUUUCAGAACUGUCAAUUUGCCAUGUUUAAAUGUACUGUAGUCAGGUAAAUGUGGUACAUGUUUGAAUUUAUACUUCUACACGUAUAAGCCCAUCAUUAAAUGCCUCAGUGCUGCAUUUAUUGACCUUUGGGAAGUACGUACUUUACUACUGAAUCUGCCUGUUUAGUUUUAUAAGAACUAGAGUGGUCUAUCCGAGACACUGGUCUUGAGUUUUUAAAUAUUUAGGGCCUUGGAAGCUCAUUCAGUUCCUGUGGACAUAUGAAAGUGUCGACGUCUCUGGAUUGUGGGUUUUCCUAUGAAAAGAGUAACUACUGGAGAUAAGAUUUGUCCUUUGGAUAGUGAAGAGAGACAUUUACUGUGAGUGACAUCCUGCUCUGUCUGCCUGUCACGCUGGCCUCGUUAUCAGAGCUGUGACUUUGCUGAAGUCUUUCACUCUCUCCUCUGUUGGCACGCUGCAGGAGUUCUGGUCACAUGAUGACGCACUCUGGGUGAACCUUAACUAUCCCUCAGCUCAGCUGCCUGCUGGCUGUCUGUCCUACCAGCCCCAGCCCUUCUGAAUCUUUUAGGAGCAUUAAUAGUUGGUUUCUUUCUGUUUGACAUUUGGGUGUUUGUUUAAGUUAUGUAUAUUUGCUUGAGAAAACCCUCACCAUGCCAAACCAGACAUGUAGUUUGGGAACUGUAUUUGUAAGGUAGUGACUGACGAUAUUAUUCUUGUUCCUAUUCUUGUUCACUGAGGAAUCAGUGAAAACACCCAGGCAAUACCUGCAUGAAUGCCUUGAUCACGACAAAUGGAGCCUAAUGUGCUGAAAUAUGUCAAAACAUGGGCCAAUUCUGUCCAACAAUACGAUAUAGAUGCCUCAAUGAUACAUGAGGAUAUGAAACCGUUCUCCUGAAAUCAGGCGACUACUGUGAUGCAACAUAUUAAGAGAUUGUGAUGGGGAUAUCCUUAGCGUUGCCAUUUUUGCACAAUAUAGUGCUGUUUGUCAGAAUAGCAGUUUACAAUAACCAGGACACAAGUACCAUAGAUGGGACCAGUGGUCUGUGUCAUUGAAUUCUAUUGGGUAAAUGAUUUCUCAGUGUGUAACAUGCAUCAGUGGCUCCAUCAACACAGAAUCGCUGCAUUUUUAUCAGGAUUGGUCCUGUGUUGUGGUGUCCUGUCUAAUCAAUUCCCUUAACGGUGCCCCAUUCAAGGUGAUAUGAAAGGUGACUUAGGGAAAUCUGUGCUGUAUAAUAUGGAAGAGAUGGCUAUUUUUAUGCCACAGAAAAGCCAAUGGCACAUAGAAGUUCUGCUUCAUUGAAAUACAAAGCGGCCCGUUUGUCUUUUGUGAGCAUACAAAUCCAUGCCGUUGAGCUAAUGCUAUGGAGAGUACGGUGAUAACAGAAUACAUUUACCCUUUUGUAUUCAUUGUGGUUAGAUUCGGGGUAAUAGAAAGAGAUUGUCUAAAUUGCAAGCCUUAUUCCACCACCCUGGUUUUCCUCUACUGCAGUGAUACUUGUAGUAAUAUUGUGAAAUAGCCUAAUCUUUACAAGCUUAUCCAAAUGAGUUCAAUUGAUUGGUUGAUCACAAUUCCAACUCUUUUAACUUGUGUCAAAAUGUAACCCCGAAGAACCUCUCACAUGGUAUGUAUCUGUUCAGUGUGGUUUCUCAGCAGUGGAGAGAUACUAAACCACAUAACAAUAGCUGUUAACAGCAAGUUCAACUUCAUAUUAGUUCUCCUUAAAUCGUACAUAUUUGAUGUUAUUAUAAAAUGGUAGGCCUACUUUGAAAGGUAAUGAUAUGGAAACUGAAUUGCCAUCCAGAGGAUUUUGGUGAUCAAAUAUUUUAAUCGUUGAGCCUAAACUGCCAGCUUGCAAUUGCACACCCCAUUGCAACAUGAAUUAAAGCACUAAGCCACCAUUCUGGCCUACUGAUAAAAUGCUCGUUAGCCAUAUAAAAAAAUAAAUGCUGGUAUUUACACCACCCUCAUUUAAUUGGAUGUGCAAAUUGAUACACAAAUGUAUCCCAUUACAAAGAUAUUGAUAAUAUGUUACAAUGACUAGGGGCUCUAUUCAAUCUGAAUCGUUGAAGCGUCACAAGAAAACAUGGUAGAAAUGUAAAGGUCAUUUCAUAUUGAGACGACGAUCUGCAGCGUUUACCGUGAACAAAGUCUCCACUAUAACGCGGGAACAUUGCCUUUAAAUUUCAAUAACGCUGAAUUUCCACGAUAUGGAUUGAAUAUACCCCUAAAUGUGAAGAUACAUUGGUCACACUCUGGGUUUGCCAUUUUGUCAGAUAUGGAACCAUCCUUCAUAAGCUGUGUUGAGUGAUAACAACCUUAUAAAUGCAUAUGGCUUCACAGGCCACCUGCCAUGCACUUAGACUUGGUGAGCAGAUGUUAAACACAACAACAACACAUCUCGUAAAGCUUUUACCAAUGUCAGCAAAAUGGACGAAUAGAGGGUCGGACCUUAGAGUUCUACUCAAAUUCCACCAGGGGAGAUGUGUGAAUGGAUUCUGACAAAAGAGAGCUUUCCUCUGAAUAGGCUUGGCUGAGUGAAUGGGGAAAUAUUCUGUUUGGGCUGUUGAGAAAAUAAUCCCCCACAGACACACCCUGUUUUCUCAAGACAUGACAAAGACUGGAGAUAGGAUAUUUACAUAAGCCUGAAUUCUCAACAACAACAAAAAUGACAUGAAAAACAUUAUUUAACAGGAUUAUGUGUACCUAAUAUAGUGCAUAUAUGUCUGGUGCUGGAUUUAUAUUUCAACACCUGCUUGAAAGAUCACAGUGAAUUUAUAUAAUAAACUUUCCUUCUUGCCUUUUGCAGUCUAGCUCAUCUCAGUCAAAUUGCUGUUGCCAUUUACAGUAAAUCUGUCAAUCAGACCAGGAGGUACAUCAUUUCACAGUAACUUCUCAGUAAUCCGCCUCGGGCGCUUGACAGUAACCAUAAUAUCCUCUAUGAUUAAAGAAGUAAUAUGACAAAA